UCCAAAUGUCCCAGAACUCUUUUAACCUAAAACUCCAAAAGUCCCAGAACUCGUUGUCUCUCUCUCGACUGAUUCGGCAGUUAGCUCCAGAUCGGCAUAGGUUUUGCCGCUAUGGUUUCGAGACUGAACAAAAUGGAGCCAUCGGUCCAUCGGCAGACGAGAUCAAUCACGAAUGCCUACAAACAGUGCCGAAAUCGAAGACCUCCGCGAUACCCAGUUUUCGAUUCCAACGACGAGACCGUGGGAGGUACAUGCCUAUCAGUACCAGAAGCAGCAAGGAAGAAUUGCUUUUCUUCUCGGACCCAACACGUUUGGAACGCUCGAUCCGUAAAGAAAAACGCGCAGCAUCGAUCGAUACCAACUCUUCCACAUCGAUCGCCACUUACCACAGAGCAACGAUAGACACUUCCCGUUGGCUUAAGCAGCUACCACCAGGAUCUCUUACAUCCUGGACCGACAUCCAUAACGCAUUCGUGCCUGAAUUCUUUGGUGAAGCACGAGCUCAAGAGAUAAGAGAUAAAAUUUGGAUAUUCUCCCAAGGACCUAUAGAAGCUUUCAAAAGGUCUUUGGAGAGGUUCAUGAGAUACCAAAGGGACUGUCCACAUCAUGGUUUUACGGAGGUUCAACUGUUGAAGAAGUUCUACAAGGGAAUUGAUGUGCAAUAUCGUGUGAUGCUGGAUACUGAAAGCGAAGGAAACUUUGAGACAAGAACCAAGAGGAAGCUAAGAGAUUGA